AUACAUUUUAGCAAAAAUAUGCUAAAAUUAAUGUUAAAAAACCGACGACUUAUUGAAUGAAAUGCCAGUGAAACACAUCCCGACAUAACCAACACUGGAUAUGCAUCAAACUAUUCAAUGAAUUAUGAAAUUAAAUCGUUUUGUAUUCAAUGUGUUCAACAUUUUCGUCAUUUUAUUCCUGUUUAAUGUAAUUCAUGGCAAGAAAAAGGAGAAUUUCUGACAGAUAUUAUGAAAGCAGUGAUUCUCGUGAAGAGACGGAUGAGGAGGGAGGCGAUGAAGAAGAGUCGGGAUACUCACGGCCCAGACCUCCCCCUCAACCACAACAUGGAGGUCGUGGUCGGGGACCUCCGGGCGGACUACCACCGGGACAGGCGAAGAAACAACAGAAUAGGGAGACUGUAGUGUCAUAUGAGGGACCCUACAUAGACCAGAGGCCCCCACAGGUAUGUAAC